GCACCUUAUUAAUAGGCGAGUUGUAUGUGAGAAGAGCCCUCCGCUCGAGCAGACAGAGGGUCUCAUACACAGAUCUCUGUUCAUGCGGUAGGUUAAGCGCAACAUCAUGGACGUACUGGAUGUCCUCAAUCUGGGCGAAAUUGCCCAGUAUUUCUCGAAAAUGGCGAUGUUUCCAGUUUUCGAUCUCGCUUAUUAUAUCGUGUCAAUACUCUACCUCAAAUACGAGCCAGGUGCCAUUGAGGUGUCCCGUAAAAGUCCAGUUGCUUCCUGGCUCUGUGCCAUGCUGUACUGCUUUGGGAGUUACAUAUUAGCAGACAUCAUGUUGGGUGUGUCUCCCAUCGACUAUUUCCAUAACAACAGUCACAUCCUCUUGGCCUCAGCUGUCUGGUAUCUGAUCUUCUUCUGCCCUCUUAAUCUGUUCUACAAAUGUGUGGCUUUUCUGCCUGUGAAACUUGUGCUGGUGGCCAUGAAAGAAGUUGUCCGCACUCGUAAAAUUGCUGCCGGAGUCCAUCACGCUCACCACACAUAUCACCAAGGCUGGCUGAUCAUGCUCAUUACAGGUUAUGUUAAGGGGUCAGGGGUUGCUCUGAUGUCUAAUUUCGAGCAGCUGUUGCGUGGAGUGUGGAAGCCAGAGACCAAUGAAAUUCUCAACAUGUCAUUCCCUACCAAAGCCAGUCUGUAUGGAGCCAUUCUGUUCACUCUUCAGGAGGCUCAAUGGAUCCCUGUGUCUAAGAGCAUGCUCAUCUGCCUCUUCACACUCUUCAUGGCAACAACCAAGGUGUUUAUGACGGCCCGUCACUCUCACGGAUCACCCUUCGCCCUCAUUGAGUCCUGGAUGUGCCACUUGCUGUUCGGUUCUCCUCUCGGUAGUGACGAUUCCCAUGAUCAUCAUCAUGCUGCACCGGACACUACCCCCGUGCCCCACACUCUGGCCAAAACAAAGGAGGAGCUGAGUGAAGGAACCCGUAAAAGGAAGUCAAAGAAAGCAGACUAGGGCAUCGACACAAAAUUAUCCAAAGAACCUGUGAUAUAAAAGAUGGGCUCAGCUCUCAGUUUAAGAAAGGAGGAAAUUAAUGUUAAAGCAAUGCAAGGUUCUCUUUCAAUGGUGCUUUUAAUGACAGACAUGCUACAUUGGGACUCUGUAUAUAGUGUAUAUAGCUUCCCAACAUCAGUGUCUUUAUUUAUUUUUCAAUGUUUUCCAUCAUUUUUCCCAUUUGCUGAAGUAUAUGAACUGAUGCAUGAAUAAAUGAAUGAAUGAAAGGCAGUGAGAUGUAAAUCUGCCCCCAUUAAUUUGACUUCACGGAAGGGUCCAUCCAAACAACUUGAAAAUCACAGUUUGACUUCUCACUUCCACAGCACACUACUGACUUUUAAAUCCAGUUUUAUUGAAAAAAAUGACAUAUUUUCAAAAAUAAAUAAAAAGUAAAUAAUUUUUCAGCCAGAAACAUAUGAGUACUUGUUCUUGUUUCCGCUGUUGCCACAUUUUUCAUUCUUCAAUUAUAUCUCUGAUAGCACACAUCAUCCAGACGUCUAUUUUAUGUGUGUUUACGUCUGGAAGACUUUUUUUUUUAUGUUGCUUGCUCAACGUUUCCUCCCGGAUGUUAAUAAGACAUUCAUCAGAUGUCUUUGAAACAUUUAUGAUUCAUAUCAUAAAUGUUUAUAAAUCUGAUAUUUAUAAGAUGGUAAGCAGAUGUUAUUGAAAAUGUGAUGCUUUCCAGAUGAAACAUCGAAAACAGACAUCUCAGAGAUGUUCAUGUGCUGGGAAUGUGUGAUCAGACACAUUUUCACAUUCUACUGUGGAAUAAUUUCAAGUUUGGUGAACUAUGACCUGCGAAUCUGGAUGACAAAAAGACAUGUGACCACUAGAAGAUGAAAGAGUCACACACUGUCCUCUUGGCUCAAACAAAGAAUACUUGUUUCAUGGCUGCAUGCUUUUAUUAUUGUUGCAGGAAAGUGAGUAGACAUAUAUUUAAACAUUUUGAGAAUAAUAUGAUUUGCUAUUUUUUAUUUAUUAUUUAUUAAAACCUGAAGCCAUAGAGUUCAGUGACUGUCCGCCCCUUUCUUUGAAAAUGUACUGUGUCUUAGAGGGAAAAUUUUUCCGAGUAGGUCUGUGCGUUGAACUUUUCUCUCUGUCGCCGGAAGCUCCAUCAUACUUAAUCUGAUGUUUGUCUGCACAUGAGUCUGCUCACCUGCUAGAAGACAAAGAUG